CUCACAUGAAUGGCGGAGAGGAGAGAGAGAGAGAGAGGAAGACUUCUAGGAAUGCUGGUGAGAAGAGAGAGAGAGAGGAAGACUUCUAGGAAUGCUGGUGAGAAGAGAGAGAGAGGAGAAGAGUAAUGCAAUGCAAACAUGGUGGACCAACACCAACCAGGCAAUUGUGGGCCUUGUCCCUCUUCUUUUUAUUACAGGGAACUUUUCUCUCUCUAAGCUGUCGUCGCCAUUAAAGCUGAACUUUGAGGAGGCGUAGCCUUAGAGAUGGGUAGAACAAGCGUCAAGCUUCCUGGCUUUUGCCUUAACAGAAUUUCAACGCAUGUUAGAGUGAGGCCACCACCACAAGAUGAGAAACCCAUCUCAGAUUCAAUUAAAACAGAGCAAGUUGCAGAGUGCUUGCGCAAGAGGGAGACUCCUGAGAAGAGAAAUGGAGACUUUCAGGCCCAAAAUGGGGAUUUAAAGGCCAAAAAUGGUGAUUCCAAGGAGAAAACUGAGGUGGGUUUUGGGAGAACGAUUAUGAUCGUUGUCGAUUCGAGCCCCGAAGCAAAGGGGGCUCUUCAAUGGGCGUUGUCACACUCUGUUCAGAGCGACGACACUCUGAUUCUUCUCCAUGUUUUGAAGCCUUCCAAGCAAGGUGAGGAAACAAAGAUGGAAAUGAAUCCCAAGAAUUACGAGCUCCCAAAUUCACUGAAGAAUCUCUGCCUGAUAAGAAAACCCGAGCUAAAAGUGGAGGUUGUAGUGUUAGAGGGGAGAGAGAAAGGAGCAACCAUAAUUGCAGAGGCAAAGAGGGAGGGGGUCUCUCUCUUAGUUUUGGGGCAAAAGAAGAGACCCAUUGUCAUGUGGAGGCUUCUUCUGAAUUGGGCAGGAACAAGAAACAACAACAACAGGAAUGGAGGUUUGGGUGUUGUUGAUUAUUGUAUUCAAAAUGCAGAUUGCUUGACUGUAGCAGUCAGAAGAAAGGGUAGAAAAGUUGGGGGUUAUCUCAUCACCACCAGAAGGCAGAAGAAUUUCUGGCUCUUGGCUUAACACUUUGAAUCCUCUCUCUCUCUCUCUCUCUCUCUCUCUAAGUUGGGACCUAUUUGAUCUCAAUAAUUAAACAGAAGUCUCUGUUUCUCUCUCUCAAUUAUAUUAUUUUUAUUUGGAAUUUGUGAGGAUAUGGUUGUUUCUUGUGUAAAUAAAACUAUAAUUUGGAUGUUUGUUCUUUUUAA